ACAAAAAACCAAGAAAAAAUUUGUUAGGUUAGGAUUUUCGAAAUUUUGAAAAUUCUGCAAUGAAGAAAAGACCAUGGAGAAAAAACUUAUACGAAAAUCAAGAAUAUCCCGACAAUUACACAGACGAAUCAUUUUUAAAAGACCUUCGAGUGAACGUGCAUUUCCAACCCAUCUCCCUGAAAGAUAGCACUCUCGGCGCUACUCUUAUAGUGCACGAAUUAUGUACUGUAAUCGUGUUUGUUAUCAUUUACGUUUACUUGUACAACCACUGGAGUGAACCGAACUAUAUUUUUUCGUGGACUUGUGGUGCUACGCUGUUCUGUUUCGUUGCUUAUCGUACUUUUUAUGGCUCGAUACGUACAUUCGGGUACGACUUACAAACUGUGCUGCUGUUUUUAGUGUUCGGACAGCUGUUUUCUCCCAUACUGUACACUCUAACAGACACGAUUAGUACAGACACUAUUUACACAAUGUCAUUCUUAAUGAUGAUCGUUCACCUGAUUUUUUUCGACUAUGGACUUUCAGUGGCAGUUGUAUCUAAUAGUUUAUCAUUAAGCGCUGUAAUAUUUGCAUCCCUGUGCCUGUCAUCGCGCCUAGCCACCCCUUACGAAGCCUUCAUACUAAUGACAGUCUCAAUAAAAUGCUUCGUAUUAUUCCCACUGCUUCGAAAUAAGAUUAAAACAUCGUUCCUCUUCACAUUAAUUUUUGUGAUCCUUGUCGCGUACUUCCUCACGACAGUAUCAAUCUUAAUGACCUACAUUUUCAUUAGCACCAUAAUUUUUAUUAACGUAGUCUGCCCCCUUAUUUUUAUACGAUUUCAAAAGUACAAGGAUAACAUCUACGGGCCUUGGGAUGAGGCUAUCGUUCAAAGCAUCGAUAUGACUGAAUAGAUUUUAUUGCAGUACAAACGGUUGUAAAAAACACGAAAAAUAAAGAUCAUUUAACUGGUACAAACUGUA